AACUUGAAUCCGUGUUUAGAUUUCAAUUCGACUCAUGUAGCUGAUGAACGAUAAGGCUUCGUGAGAUAAUGUUAGCUGUUGGUUGGACACGAGUAGAGAGGGCUGAGGAGGGGUGGCCAAGUUAUUUUGUGUGUAGUCUGAAGCCUUACAUGUUUGAAGGCUGUACUACGUUGAAGAGGUGUGAUUGGUGAAAAAUAAAAACUUUUUUCUCUCUCUUUCUAAGUUCUUUCUGCCAAGGUAACCUUUCUCUUCUGCCAGUUGAAAGGCAGGUCAGGGAGGAAUUGGGCAGAAAACCUCAGAGUCGAGGUAAUAGCCUCCCUUCUGAAACAAGAGGGGGUCUUUGUGCGCCUGUCUGUGCUGUACGGUAGGAAUACGGAUUCUGAAUGCCAUGUACUGGAAGAAUACAGGGCUGCUGGUGUGUCGUACGGAGAGCAAAGACAAGUACCCGGCCGGUGCGUGUCUCCAGAAGACUAAUUCCGAGCGGGUGGUUAAGGACGAAUCCAGUUCCCCAGCUCCGUCGGCCUCGCCGUCCCUGUCUCCACAAUCGAUGAUCUCUUCCAGGCCGUGCAGAAAUAUCUGUAGUAGUUGCGGUUUGGAAAUAGUGGAUCGAUAUCUCCUCAAGGUGAAUGAAUUAUGUUGGCACGUCCGAUGUUUGGCCUGUAGCGUGUGCAAAACCUCACUGGGCCGCCAUACCAGCUGUUACAUCAAGGAUCACGAAAUAUUUUGCAAACUGGAUUAUUUCAGGCGUUAUGGAACCCGGUGUUCUCGCUGCGGCAGGCACAUCCAUUCGACAGAUUGGGUCCGCAGGGCCAAAGGCAAUGUUUAUCACCUGGCAUGCUUUGCCUGUUUCUCCUGCAAGAGGCAGCUGUCCACUGGGGAGGAGUUUGCUUUGGUGGAAGAGAAGGUUCUCUGUCGGAUACAUUAUGACUGCAUGUUGGACAACCUCAAAAGGGCAGCUGAAAAUGGGAAUGGAGUGACCAUGGAAGGAGCAUUACCAACUGAGCAAGACGUAAUCCAACCCAAACCAACAAAACGAGCACGGACUAGCUUCACAGCUGAUCAGCUUCAGAUAAUGCAAGCUCAGUUUUCACAAGACAACAACCCAGAUGCGCAAACACUGCAGAAACUUGCAGACAGAACUGGUUUAAGCAGACGUGUUAUACAGGUUUGGUUUCAGAACUGUAGAGCACGUCAUAAGAAGCAUGUGAGUCCAAACCACCUGUCAUCUACCCCAGUGACGGCACAACAGGAGAGUGUGUCUCCACAGAUGCUGGAUGAAAUGACUUACUCGGCAUAUGUAGCACCAGAUGGACAGAUGUUGACGGCCUUACACACCUACAUGGAAUCUCAUUCACCAACAUCACUGGGAUUUCAACCUCUUCCAUCUCGAUCAAUGGCACAGCUUCCUCUUGGCCAUGCUUGACUUCCCUUCAGUGAUCUGAUUUUUUUUGCUGAAAAUUCAGGUUGGAAGAUGAAUGCAAACCGCAUUAAAUCUGCGGCAUUUCAGUCAGCUUUUUGAAGUGUUACAGAUGGAAAAACUUUUUUUCCGACUCCUUCGUAUUUAUUGGCAUCUAGUGGAGCACUUUUUUUGUUUCUGA